CGUGUCUGGAGAAACUUGUGCGCGCCGCGAAGAAGCGUGUUCGAAAUGUCGCUCUUGUAUUGUUUGUGUAUGUUUUUGUGUGUUGCGGACGCUUUUAAUUUAGAACCCAGGAUACCAGUCCUUAAACUGGGCGACAAGGGAUCUUAUUUUGGAUAUUCUGUCGCCGAACAUCAAAUUUUAGACUCGAGAAAGUCCGUCUUGGAAAAUGUGUUACUCGUGGGAUCUCCCCGCGCCUCUACUAGUCAACCAGGAACAAAUCACUCUGGUGCCGUCUACCGAUGCCCCAUCAGCACGCAUACGAAAGACUGCCGGCAGAUCGACAUCGAAAACGAAAGCGACCCUCCCGAUGACGACGUUAUAAAGGACGAUCAAUGGCUAGGUGUGACGGUGAAGAGCCAAGGCCCUGGAGGAUACGUGCUAGCGUGUGCCCAUCGUUACAUCAAGAAAGGUCCGGACUACCAAUGGGGUUUGGGUAUAUGUUAUUCGCUGAGCCAAACACUGGAGAACGACAGAGAAUGGGAACCCUGUUUCAACCGCCCCGUCGCCAAAGCUCACGAGCAAUUCGGAUAUUGCCAAGCUGGAACCAGCGCAGAUAUCUCAGAAGACCACAAGCUUGUCAUUGGUGCUCCAGGACCAUUCACAUGGAAAGGUACAGUGUUUGUAAACAGUGUGAAGUUUGGAAUACGGGAUGAUAAAAAUUGGUAUUUGGGACCUCUGCUUGAUAAUGAAGCACCUGUAGAGAAAUACAGUUAUUUAGGUAUGUCAGUAACAUCUGGGAAAUUUUUUGGAAAUGAGACAAGUUUUGUUGGUGGUGCACCUCGUGGAAAUGGAACGGGCCAAGUUGUAUUCUUUGCUAAAGAUAAAAUGGAGUCCAUCUUUCUUGUGCAGCUUGUGUUGAAUGGAGAACAAUUUGCUUCAUCUUAUGGAUAUUCUCUGACAUCUAUAGAUAUUAACAGCGAUGGCUAUCUUGAUCUUGUUGUUGGAUCGCCGUUUUACUACACCAAAGGUGUUGGUGGAGCAGUUUACAUUUACAUGAAUUCGGAUGAAGGAAUAUCUGAAGACACUGUUCCUUUGAAAAUGACCGGAAAGCCAGAAUCACAGUUUGGCUUCUCAAUAGCUUCUUUGGGAGAUUUAAAUAAAGAUGGAUAUCCAGAUUUGGCAAUUGGUGCUCCAUAUGAUGGAAAAGGAACUGUAUAUAUUUAUCUGGGAUCUUCAGAGGGACUCAUUACGGAACCUUCACAAGUCAUCGGUGUAGAAAAUCUAGCAAAGGAAGUUCAAGUAAGGAGAGGUCUUGAUACUUUCGGAUAUUCCCUGUCUGGUGGUAUGGAUUUGGACAGUAAUGGAUAUCCCGAUUUGCUUGUUGGAGCCUACGAUAGUGACAGUAUCAUAUUACUCAGGUCAAGACCUAUUAUUGACAUCAUAACAUCAGUUGAAGGAAAUUUAACCAACAUUGAUCCUAAAGUGAAAGGAUGUGUUGAAGAUACAAACACUUCACUUGUGUGUUUUUCUUUUGAAGCUUGCUUUCAAUUCAAUUCAUCUGUUUUGUCUCAUGGAACAUUCAUCAAAAUAAGGUAUAGGAUUGAAGCUGAAACUUUCACAGGAAAAAAGUAUUAUCGUGUCAAGUUUCAAUCUUCAUUAGACUCAGAAACACCUAACAUUGUUGAAAAGGAAUUGUUGGUCAGGGGAGUGUCCCUGUACGAGCCUCACUGUUCUAAACAACUUAUUUACUUGAAGGAAAAGACAGACAUUCAAACUCCCAUAAAAUUCAAGCUCACCUAUACUUUGAUGCAGAAAGAACCUCGUAUGUCCAAAGAAGGCGAACGCUUACCUGACAUAAAUUUGUAUCCCAUUCUCAAUCAGCAAGAAGCAUCUAAAGUAUUUGAGGCAAAAUUCUUAAAAGACUGUGGGUCCAAUGAUAUCUGUGAAUCCGAUUUGAGUGUAACAGCUGAACUGAACCUUGAUAAGCAAGAAUCAGGUGUCCCUGUUCUUUAUUUGGGAAUGCAGUCAGUUAAUCUGUCCAUUAUCUUGCAUAAUCAUAAAGAACCUGCCUAUGAUACUGCUUUAUAUGUGACUCACUCAUCUGCACUCAGCUAUAUUGGUCGAAAAGUGGUGAAAGGAGAUCAAGUUGAAUGUGUGCCUUUCAACAAUACUGUCUUAAAGUGUGAAAUCGGAAAUCCUAUGAAUCUAGGUGAGGUGGAGUUUCAGAUUCGCUUCAGCCCAAGAAAUAUUUCUGACGAUGAAAAGAGGCUGAAGUUCAUAUUGAAAGCUAACACGACAAGUAUUGAAGUUUCUCCUGAAGAAGACCUUGUUCUGAAAGCAGAUGUUGUUCGAGUUGCUGAAUUAGAACUCAGGGGAGUUUCAAAUCCAGAGCAAGUUGUUUAUGGAGAAAACAUUGUUGAGGAAGAGGACAUGAAAACUGGAGAGGAUAUUGGAAGUCUCAUCAUACAUACUUAUGAGCUUAUUAAUUACGGGCCAUGGAAAGCAAAACAUGUGGAGGUACACAUAAAAUGGCCUUAUCAGACUGAAACAUUCACUAAAACUGGCAAGUGGUUGUUGUACAUGAUGGAAACACCAAAAGUACAAGGAAAUGGUUAUUGUGCUGUUGAUCCAGAUAUAGUAAAUCCUUUACGUAUACAGGUUAAAAGAGAAGAAGAUCAAUUCAUUCGAGAAACUGAUCAUGAAGUUAAAGAAACAGAAAUUCGAGAAAAAAGACAAGCUCCAGAAGAAAUCCGCAUUGACCCAAGGACUCUUAAUAUUGCUACUAUGGAUUGUGAUGAAGGAACUGCAAAGUGUCAUUUCUUCAAAUGUUUCUUCCGAGAUUUGCAACCUCACAAAAAUGCCCUCAUCAGUAUCAGAGCUCGUGUAUGGAGUAAAACUUUUGUUGAGGAUUAUGCCACUGUUGACCGAGUAGAUAUUAUAUCUAGAGCGAGAAUUCAUUUAGAUCCUGGUCUUGAUAUUCGACAGAAACUUGAUAAUGAUAUAGCUUAUGCUAUUACAAAAGCUUUACCUGAUCUUCCUCUUUAUCAAAAACCUGAAGAAGUUCCUCUGUGGAUAAUAAUACUAGCUGUUUGUGGAGGGCUUUUACUCCUGUUCUUAUUAAUAUUCUGUUUGUGGAAGCUUGGCUUUUUCAAGAGGAAAAAGCCCGGAUAUAUGCCUGCUGAAACGAAUGAAAAAGAAAAAGAAUUUAAUAAUAUAUGAAGAGCUAUUACUGAGAUAGAAUUUGAUUUCAAGAAAGCUGUGAUCUUCUAUUGUGUCCAUGUGAAAACAGAAAACUUUUUCUUGAUUUAUGAACACAGUUAUCAGGUUUGAGUUCAUCUGUUAUGAGCCACUACUUAUUUUACUGUCUCAAAACUGCCGUGCUCCAUAAUAACCUGAAAAUGUUGCAAUUUUUUUUUGUGAUUAUUUUGAGAAUGUUACUGUGUUGUUCAAGAAGCUGUAUUUUCUGUAGCAACGUAGCAACCUGAAGACUAUAUUUCUGACAAAAGUCAUGAAGAUCAAAGAAUCUCCAUUAUGGACUAGAAACAUUAUGCUUGAGCUGAUUGCAAGUUUCAUCGAGAGAUAUAAUCAUUUUUCCAUAAAAUUUCGGAUAAAUUUUAUGCAGCCAUUUUGAGUUUUGAAGAACCAAUUUUUUUCAGACAGUACUGAAAAAUGUAGGAAGUUAAUGAAAAAACGCUUUUUAAAAUCGUGUUGGUAUAUUCUGACAAUCUGUUUUACAUAGCAAUGAAAGCCGAGCAUUUGCUUAAGAAAAUGAAAGAAAAAGUGCGCAAAAUAUUUUUAUUUGGUAUUUGUCGUCAUGUUUUUUGUUAAUUGUUGCUUAAUCUGAAAAACUAGCCAAAAGUGACUAUUUUUGAAAAACAUGUUUAGUACUUAUAUCUGCAUGUACUUCCUUUCACAAUUAUGAUUUUGUAAAAAUUGAGAUGUGAUUUGCACUAUUUUGUUGUGAAAGCUGAAAUAUGUUUAAGCAUCUAUUUCAAAGGUUGCUAUUCUUUAUUUGAAAACAGAAUUUGAUUCUUUUAUUUAGUGACAGUGUUUGUAUAAAACAGUGUAGAGUUAUAAAAAUAAAAAAAACUUUACCCAAUGAGGGAAUCAAUUGAUUCUGGAGCCACAAGUAAUGGUGCAGCUAGGCUAUCCACUCUAUUGUCUGAACUGUUUAGAGAAAAGUUUUAAGAAAAGGUGUUAUAAAUGCUUUACUUUACAGAACAAACUUUUCUUUCAGAUAUCAUUCUUUUAUUCACUCAAAAAUCUAAAACUUUUACCCACACUUCAAUUUAUUCGUACCUUAAAAUGGGUUUAUAAUUCUAAAUGUCUCUUUACCAUUUUUUUUUUUUUUUUUUUUUUUUUUUUUUGAAGGCUGGAAAAAAAAAAAGUUUCAAAAUGUUUAUGCAUACAAGACGGCCUUUAAGAGUAACAGCAAACUGAGAGUGAAUGGUAGUAGACAUCCUAAGGAACAAAAAUUGCCAUAAAAUAUGACAUCACCAAUUAAUGAGAAUCGCAAAACUACUUAGUGAUGUCAAGUGAAAAGAGUACAGGAUUCAAUUUUUUUUAAAAGUUUUAAUUUGACAUUUUAACUAUGACACAACCUGAGGUGUGUCAUAGUCAUGAUCUUCAGGGAGGCAAGAAACAGUAACUGUUCAAAACUGUAGUCCUGUAUGUCGUUGAACAACUGACAUCGGCAAUGGUAGUAGUCAUACUAAGGAACAAAAAUUGCCAUAAAAUAUGACAUCACCAGUUAAUAAGAAUCACAAAACUUCUUAGUGAUGUCAAGUGAAAAAAGUACAGGAUUCAUUUUUUUUAAAGCAUUUAUUUGACAUUUUAACUAUGACACAACCUGAGGUGUGUCAUAGCUAUGAUCUUUAGGGAAGCAAGUAACAGUAACUGUUCGAAAUUGUAAUCCUGUAUGUAUUGAGCAACUGACAUCGGCAAUGGUAGUAGGCAUACUUAGGAACAAAAACUGCCAUAAAAUAUACUAUCAUCAAUUAAUAAGAAUCACAAAACUGCUUAGUGAUGUCAAGUGGAAAAAACACAAGAUUUAAUUUUAAAAAAAUAAUUAAAAACAACUAUGACACAACCUGCAAUGUGUCACAGCCAUGAUCUUUAGGAAAGCAAGAAACAGUAACUGUUCGAAAUUGUAGUCCUGUAUGUCAUUAAGCAGUUGACAGAGACAAAAAGGCAACUCUCAAGACGUCUUAAAAAUGCCAUGAUGUCUGCUGCUGUGCUGGUCAUCCCUUACAUACCAUGCAAGUAUUUUCACUAACUUAACGCAGAUUAUAUUAGCAUGUUUUAUGGCAAUUUUUAGUUACUCUUGAUCCUGUUAUUGCUUGAACUGUGUUACAACUUCAAGGGUGUGUUCCUUUUAUAGAGAGCUUCAAUAUAUGAAAUAAUUAUGUUAUGAAUGUACAGGAGUAUUCAUAACUCCCUCUGGGGUUUUGAAGCACUGAAGUGAAAUAAUUUGGAUUUGUAGAAUAAGAAAAAUUAUUUAAAAGAAUAUGAUAAUAGUGUUAAGGUUUGAUUUGCAUAUUUUAUGGGAAUUCUUUGUGUAAACUCUUGGUCACACAAUAUAAAACAGUGUCAUAGUGCAGUUCCUGCUACAAUAAAAGCAACAUGUUCUGCCAAAAACAUUGACAGUGCCAUGUUGAGUAGAUUGUGGCAGACGCUGGACUAUCGCAUUGGCUUAUGCCGUGUAAAUAAAGGUUCACACAUAGAACACAUGUGUGAUAUGUAAAUAAAACUUGAACUAUAUCUGUAUUCUUAGACAUGUUCUAUUUUUGUUGUAUUUGUCUUAGUUUUUUACAAUAUAUCCUCCAAACCCCAAAGAGAAUUAUGAGCACCCUGUAUUUGUUUUUGAUGUAGAGUAUUUGCCAACAUUAAAAACUAUUGUUAAUUUUUGUCUUUGUAAUAAUCAUUGUUGUACUAUUGACCCUGUAGGUAGCAGGUGUAAAAAUGCUCAUUCUCAGUUUAUGUUGGUAUGUGAGUGGGGCAUUGUUUUGUAAUCAGAGCUACUAGUUAAGUUUAUUACAUGUGUCAAAAAUUAUUUCAGAACACCCUUUGAGGUUCUUCUAAAUGUUUUCAUCAUGACAUUGAUGUUAACUGCUAACUCAUCUGUGAUUGUUAACUUUAUUACCUAUGAAGAAAGAACAAAGCAGCGAACUUUGAAUCUGUUGUACAUAUGUACAGAAAAAAAGUCUUUGUUUUUUGUUCUGUUGAAAAUUAUCCUACUUGUACAUAGAGAUGCUUGAAUUUCAAAUUGCCAUGUAUGAAACUGUAAUAACGAACAAAUGUGUCCUAUAUGUUGGCUUUAAUGAUAUGAAACUAUUUUAUCUAUGAAAUAGUUUUGAUAAACAAAGUAAUGUUACUUGCUUUUUACUAGUAUUAGUUUCAAACAAGAAAAAUUAAUCUUUUGUGUUUGUAUAUCAUUAUUUUUAGAAACCUGUUUCAAAAUUUAUCAUUCGUUGAAAUUAUUUUUAAAAACUGGAAACUAGCAAUUUAUGAUGCCAUUUGAAAUUAUUCUAUACCAGACAAGUGUUAAGGCAUAUUGGUGUUUUCUAAAAAGCAGCUGACUUGAGAGAUAUUUUCAGCGUUAUUUGUAAUGAAGUGGAAUUAUUUCUACCGACUCUUUUUAAAUGUUUCCGUGAAAUAUUCUACCACUUUUAUUUCAAUUAGACAUAGCUUUAUUAUGCUUGAUUUCCUUUGAAAUAUUUAAAUUGUACCAAGAGUUCCUAUUUAUUUUUUUUAACACAAUUGAUUUAUUUAUCCUUAUGCAAGAGAAAUAAAAUUAAAAUGCUGUUUUACUUAAAUCAAGUGUACAAAAAAGGUGCAAUUUUUAUACUGGGUGGAAACUUCUCACUUUCAACAAUGGUAGUUCAAAGAUUUUAUCAUUUGUC